AUGUCGGUACGGGGAAGCGUUUUGCUUUUUCUGCCACUAAUUGCUGCGGAACCGUUCCUUUUCCCGCAUGGCUUCUUUGAUAUGAGCAAAAUGAAAGCUAAAGAUGCCAUUUAUUUGAAUCUUCUAGCGCUUUCGGCUCUCGAACAUGGUGGUAUUACAGUUGACGAACUUAAUCAUCUUGCUAAUCAACGGUCCGAAGAGCCGAGACCGCCACUGAUUGAUCCAUCUGAUCAAAGUACGAACGAUGCUACAAAUUUAACUUCAUUCGACGCGCCUUCAUUCGAAUUCACAAAUUCCGAAGAGCCAACCGCCAGUGUAUUCCGAAUAAAACAGCCGAAUGCCACAGCAACAUUCAUAUCUAACGAUACUUCUGGACAUACACUAACAACGCCUAUGUAUCCAUUCCAGCGUUUGUUUGAUAGUAGGUUAUUUUUGUAA